UGCGGUGAGGAGGAGGAGGGGGGGGAGCCGUUACGCACCCGCCCGCGCGCGCGCGCCCGCCUUCCUAUUGGGCGCGGCCGCCGUCCGUCCCGCUGGUGCUCGCAGGAAGGUUCGGUUGACCGCGUGCUGUGAGGGGGAGCUGGGAAAUCGGGUUGGCGUCACGGGGCUGGGUCGCCGUCGCUGAGGGGGCGGCGGAGCAACAGCAGCAGCCGGAGCCGCCGCCGCUGCGGCCGGGCGGCCGGGAGCGCGAAGCCGCCACCACCACCGCCGCCGCCGCCGCCGCCUGAGGAGGCCCUUCCCUUCCUCAUCCGUCGCCUUCUCUUCCUCCUCCUCCUCGUCCGCCGCCGCCUCUUGUGGCGGCGGCUGCGGCGCCGGCUCCGCCCGUGCCGGUGGCAACAGCAGCGGCGGCAGCAGCCAUGACGCUGGAGUCCAUGAUGGCCUGUUGCCUCAGCGACGAGGUGAAAGAGUCGAAGCGCAUCAACGCCGAGAUCGAGAAGCAGCUGCGGAGGGACAAGCGCGACGCCCGCCGGGAGCUCAAGCUGCUCUUGCUCGGCACAGGAGAAAGUGGGAAAAGCACCUUCAUUAAACAGAUGCGGAUAAUCCAUGGCUCCGGCUACUCUGAAGAGGAUAAAAAGGGUUUCACCAAACUGGUGUACCAGAAUAUCUUCACUGCCAUGCAGUCAAUGAUCAGGGCUAUGGAGACCUUAAAGAUCCUAUACAAAUAUGAGCAAAAUAAGGCCAACGCACUACUGAUCCGAGAAGUGGAUGUAGAAAAGGUUUCAUCCUUUGAACAACCCUAUGUAAGUGCAAUUAAGACAUUGUGGAAUGACCCAGGAAUCCAAGAAUGUUAUGACCGGCGGCGAGAAUACCAGCUCUCUGACUCCGCUAAAUACUACCUUACCGAUGUGGAUCGUAUUGCCACCCCGGGGUACCUCCCAACCCAACAAGACGUCCUGCGGGUCAGAGUCCCAACAACUGGGAUCAUAGAAUACCCCUUUGAUCUCGAGAACAUUAUAUUCAGAAUGGUGGAUGUUGGUGGGCAAAGGUCAGAAAGGAGGAAGUGGAUACACUGCUUUGAAAACGUAACUUCCAUCAUGUUCUUAGUAGCUCUUAGCGAAUACGACCAAGUACUGGUGGAAUCUGAUAACGAGAACCGCAUGGAGGAGAGCAAAGCCCUUUUCCGGACCAUAAUCACCUAUCCCUGGUUCCAGAAUUCCUCUGUCAUCCUCUUUCUCAAUAAGAAAGAUCUCUUGGAAGACAAGAUCAUGUACUCUCACCUUGUGGAUUACUUUCCAGAGUUUGAUGGCCCGCAGAGAGACGCUCAAGCAGCCCGGGAAUUUAUCCUCAAAAUGUUCGUGGAUCUCAACCCCGACAGCGAUAAAAUUAUCUACUCUCACUUCACCUGUGCCACAGAUACGGAAAAUAUCCGGUUUGUCUUUGCCGCCGUCAAGGACACCAUCCUGCAACUCAACUUGAAGGAAUAUAACCUAGUCUGACCUUGAAUGAAUCUGUCCUCUUCUCCCACCCUCCCAAUCCGCCCCUCCCUCAAAUCUCCUUGGGAGACCUUUUGUCGUGAAGAAAAGUAAGACAAACGAAUCCCACGAAUUUAAACCAACAGGAAAACAAUCUUGAUUUUUAAUGAUGUAAUGAUUGCAAAUUGUCUGAUCUGUGGAGUGGCAAUGGUUUUUUUCCCCCCCCUUUUUCUUUUUUCCUUUUUUUUUUUUUUUAAGCACACAGUUACCUUCAGUUUUGUGUCUGCCCCACAGAAUAGCUGAUCCCCCCGCCCCCUUUUAAAAUAGGUUUUAUUUCACAGUUUAAAAACAGUGGGAGACAUGCUUCACUCUUUUUCUCUCUCUGGCACCUUGUGAAUUUCCUGCUUUGUUGCCAGCAGUCAAGGCGGUUUCCUCUUAGACUUUGUACGUUGCAUUAGUAAAUCCUUCCCCCCCCCCCCCGUCUGAUCCGGCGAUAAACGUGUCCCAGACUAUCAAGCCAAAAUAAUGAGUUUUAUUCAGCUGUGAGAGUAUAAAGUGCAGCUAGGACCUUCAGUUUGUGCCAUAUAAUGCCUCUGGUGUGAGUCCUCCCUCCCCCACCUCCUUGUACGUCUUGACUGUAAGGAUACGUGCCGAAAGGGUUUACCCUAGAUGACGUCAUAAAGAGGAAAACCCACUUUAUUUUGCGACUGUGCAAAACAAGCCAUCCUUUGCUUCCCGCGUUCCUUUCUUGCUUUUCACUCUCUUGCUUUCGUUUUCUUCCCUCCACCAAUUACAAGUUCUAUUGAGACUGUGAUUUUUUUUUUUUAAAUUAUUGUUCUACACAUAGUUUGCUACAUGUGCUAUACUUUUGUUUCUUGACUACCAACCAAGCAAUAGCUAUCAAGCCUGAGGGAAGUGCCUGAUUGCUUCUUCUUCUUCUUUUUUUUAUUUCGUUCUCUUUGGUUUUUAUGUUUUCUAAUUUAGGGUUUAAGGAAAAAAAAAAAAAAAAGAAAGAAAGAAGAAGAAAGUUAAACUUGCUUCUCACCCAACGUGAGAAAAAUCCCUUUGGUGGAAAUCUGAAAUCUGCACCAGAUUUUGGGCCGGAAGGAAGAUUUGAGGUUUUGACUCAUUCUCUUGGAUCUUUUGUGCAUGUGCGUGUAUGUGU